CAGGUGUUUAUGUUCAGUCGUGUUGUGGACGGGGAGCGAGUAGAACGUCGUAUCCCUCUGUGGUGCAGUGCGAACUCCCGUGCUCUUGAUCUGAAGGUGUAGAGUCAAAUAUGUGUUUCCUUGACGUUUAGUGCUUCGCCCACAAGAUGCAAAACCCGAGCCAUAACAACGUUGACGACAAAUUUGGGAUGAAUUUCGGCGGUUUUGAUCCCGAGCUCUUUUCCGGGCCUCACAUGGGAGGUCCCAUGGGUGGGAUGGGCAUCGGCAUGAAGAGGUCUGCCCACGACGCAGGGCUGGACCGCGAGCCCCUAGGGUUGUCCUCAGACGACGACUCGGACCUCCUCAAGAAGGACGACAAGAUGCACCCUUCGUCGAGCAACAGGGACGCGGUGCUGUCCCACCAGACCAACUUAGAGUCCCAGAGCCAGCCCAGCAAGCCCAGUCUGCUCCCCAACGGCAAAAAGACCAAAGGCCGCGUCAAAAUCAAGAUGGAAUUUAUCGACAACAAAUUGAGGAGAUACACCACGUUCUCCAAGAGGAAAACCGGCAUCAUGAAGAAGGCGUAUGAGCUGUCGACGCUGACGGGGACGCAGGUGAUGCUGCUGGUGGCGAGCGAGACGGGCCACGUGUACACGUUCGCGACGCGGAAGCUGCAGCCGAUGAUCACGUCGGAGGCGGGCAAGGCGCUGAUCCAGACGUGCCUGAACUCGCCGGACCCGCCGCAGGUGUCCUCGCACCAGCACGACCAGCGCAUGUCGGCCACGGGCUACGAGGAGACGGAGCUCACCUACGCCGUCAACGAGGACGAGCACAAGGUACGCCAAAUGAUGUAUUCCGCGCCCACGCUCAAUUCGAUGCACCAGGGCGGCACCAUGGCGUCGCCCUCGCACCACGCCGCCGCCGCCGCCGCCGCCGCCGCCGCCGCGCUCCAGACCCACCACCACCAGCCCCAGUACCACCACCCGCACCCGCCGCCCACCCCGCACCUCUCCACGCCCACCUCCACCCACCACAUGAGCCACCACCACCACCACCUCAGCCAGGCCUCGCCCGGCCACACGGCCCACGCCGCCCACGGCGACCACGCGGGCGUCGGCCUGCACCAGCACACCCACCUGGUGGCCCCGCAGACGCCCCUGCCCUCCCACUCCCCCCUGCCCCCGCACUCCCCCAUGGGCGCCCCCUCGCCCACGUCGCCCUACCCCAGCGUCCACCACCACCCCCACCACCACAUCCCCACCCACUCGCGGUAGGGCCGCCGCGCCCUC